AUGACUUUAGACAGUCAACCCAAGGAACUGGCGUGUUUCAGCGUGUCAAAGGAGCGAGAGUUCUACAGAUAUCUCCCACGUGGCCACGCUUCGUUUCCCUUUGCCCCCCUUGACGAGUACGGUCGGGAAAAAUUCGUUCCAACACCGUCGCGAGACCAUGUCUUGACAUCAUUGGCUCAGCUGGCGGCCAUGCGGCUCGGCGCGGAGCGGGCAAUCAUCUCGCUGUUUGGACCCACGCACCAAUACAUCCUCGCCGAAGCUACGGGAUCGCCAACGGACGACGAAAUACGACUAGGAUGUUGCAUAUUGCCUAUAGGCAGUGGCGUAUGCAUCGAGGUUGCCGAGUUACCUCUUUCAGAGCCAUCGGAUGACCCGGCGAUAGUUCGGGGAGCGCUAGUCAUACCAGACGCACAUACCAGCCAAUACAUAAAGAAACACAGUCUGGUCAACAGGCUUCUCAACGCGCGGUCUUGUGUGGUAGUGCCAAUAGUGACACCUCGAGGGAGUACGAUAGGAUCAUUCGGAAUAUUUGAAACGCAGCCUCGACGAUCCGAAAUGGACCCAUCGUCAAUAGACUUUAUGAAGCACAUGGCGGCGACGGUGAUGGAGCACUUGGAUACCGUACGGUCGAAACACCUAAACAGCCAGGCCAAGCGGAUGAUUUUUGGUCUUGGCAGCUUUGUGGAAGGCAAGACCACGCUCCGUGAUUCCUGGCUGGAGGAGGAGGAGCAGCAGGAGGAGGCUGACAGCCCGUGGAUGAGGGAUCUGGUUGAGGGACAGUUAAACAAAAACGAGCAGGAUCUCCAGGAAACACAGACUCAAAUGUGGCAGCUUACACAUCGUCCAAUGGAAAAUGUAGCGUUUUCCAAAGACGAGGAGUCGAACAAGCGCCACAAAGUCAAGGCAACAUAUCGAUCCUCGGAUUCCGAUGCUAAACUGCCUGACGACACCACUCCGGCUGCGCUGCAGCGGAUAUUCUUCCGGGCAGCUAAUUUGAUCCGUGAGUCUAUUGAAGUGGAGGGUGUCGUUUUCCUUGAUGCGAGGAUUGAGUCUUUUGGCGGUCUCGUCGGGUACGAAACGACUGAGGAGAGGACAAGGUCGAGCAGUGAAGACAGCACGAACACGGGCAGCGGCGACAGUGCGUCUCUACCCACCCCCAGUUUUCUCCCUCCGAAUUCCGAGGAGAAUCCCACCACCUGCCGCACUCUGGGCUAUUCCACCACCCAGUCUUCCACCAGGAAUGACUGCGACCGUCGUGCGACAUCGAAUAACUAUGCAGUACGAGAGAGUGUUCUCAUGGCAAUGAUGAACCGGUACCCGCAUGGGAAAAUUUUCAACUAUACGCAAGACGGCUCGUUAUCCGACGAUAGCAGCACCAGUGCCGGGACACAAGGAAGCGAGGGUAGCGGCAAAAGGCCACGGCGACGGCACAAGCAGGAUGCAGACGACUUAAGCAAGGCAUUUGGAGGUGCGCGUAGUAUCAUCUUCCUUCCUCUAUGGGAUACGCACAGAUCGAGAUGGCUCUCCGGGGUCUUUGUCUGGACAAAUACUCCCAAACGUGUCUUUACGGCUGAGAAUGAACUUGCCUAUCUCCGAGCAUUCAGCAACAGUGUCAUGGCUGAGGUACAUAUGCUAGACGUGGAAAUGGCAGAAAAGGCAAAGACGAACCUCGUCACCAGCAUAUCGCAUGAACUGCGAAGUCCGCUGCACGGCAUUCUUGGAACUGCAGAUAUCUUGGGUGACACUGCUAUGAACGCGCUGCAACAGGGCAUGGUUCAUACCAUUGAGUCCUGUGGCCGAACAUUACUCGACACCAUCAACCAUUUGCUCGAUUUUACCUAUAUUGACAAGUUCAAGCAAGACCCUAAGCUGAAGAAGAAGAAGAAGAAGGAGAAGCAGCACCGACGCAGUACCGUCCGCGAAGCCUCAGCUCAGGAGCAAGCAAAUCUCGAGCGCACUCCUCCAAGCAGCAUUGAGAACGCGUUCGAGGAUGUUCAGCUAGACUCUGUACUCGAGGAAGUCGCGGAGAGUGUUUUUGCCGGCCACAGCUUUUAUCAUCACCCUCGCGCCCAGCAUCGACAUGGUAAUGCAGAGGCUUCGCAAGCUACCCAUCAGCCAAAGCAAGUGACCAUCAUAUUUGACAUCCAGGAGGCAGCCGAGUGGAAAUUUUACACCCAGGCCGGGUGCUGGCGCCGCAUCUUGAUGAACGUUUUUAGCAAUGCACUGAAAUACACCACGCACGGAUACAUUUACCUGCGGUUGACGGCAACCGAAGCAUCUUGCCCGGAGAGGAAGGAUUCCGACGGCUCACCGGAACCUAACGACAUGUAUCUCGUCACACUCACUGUUAAAGACACCGGGCAAGGCAUCGGCACAAAUUUCUUACGAAAUGGGUUGUUCGCUCCGUUCUCGCAAGAAGAUACACUUGCUCCUGGUAGCGGACUCGGACUAAGCAUUGUGCAAAAGAUACUUCGCUCGCUUGACGGCUCGAUCGAAGUCAAUUCGGAGAAGGAUCGCGGUACCGAAAUAUCCAUUCAGGUGCCGCUCAAACUUGCCUCUCUACCAGACACUUCCGACGGGUCUUCUUCGAACGCGGCGUAUAGCCUCUUACGGAAAGAGGGGAGCGGGAAAACCAUUGGCUUGCUGGGAUUCGGCUCUUCGGCCUCUUCAGAUCGUGAUGUCACGCUGUACAACGCGUUAAAGCGCGUGUGUGAGGACUGGUUCCAUCUCACCGUCAAAACAGCAUCUUUGCAUGGCAACCGCACUCCCUGCGACUUUUACCUCAUGGUCCACACUGAUCUAGACGGACCAGAUGCCGAAGAAAACCAGCAGUUCAACCUCCACGACCUAAAUGGCAUAUCACCCCUCAUUGUCAUCUGUCAGUCUCCGGAGAUCGCGCAUAAUAUGUUCGCGCGCACAAUGGCCUUAAAACGCGACCGGGACUCUAUUGUUGAGUUCAUCAGCCAGCCCUGCGGGCCGCGCAAGCUCGCAAAAACAUUGGAGCUAUGUAUUCGCCAACUCCAUGGCGAAGAUACCCACCGCGAAGAAGGGACCCGCUGGGUCGAAAUGCCGGAAUCCUCGCAUCUGCCUCUAGACAUCGACACAAGAGACGCGCCGAGGGACAGGAUGAAGAUUAGCAAACGACCUACCACGGAUACAGUUAGAAGCCAGGAUAGUGGAGACUUGGGAAGCUCCGUUGGAAGCCCACACUUGGAACACCAUCCUAUGCCGGACGGGGAGAGCGCUCCGACGCAUCACCAACCAUACGCACUACUCGUCGAGGACAACCCGGUGAAUCUAAGGAUCCUCAAGACCUUCGUGACAAAGGAAGGCUGGAGUUGUGAGACCGCGAGCAACGGGCUCGAAGCCGUGGAGCGGUUCCGCGAGAACCCAAGCAAGUUCGCCGUGGUCAUCAUAGAUAUCUCAAUGCCGAUAAUGAACGGUUUUAAAGCCAGCCGCACGAUCCGCCAGUUCGAGCGGGAGCACUUUGACAAGAAAUCUUCCUCAAAGCCACGAUGGUACCCGACAUCAAUCAUCGCGUUAACAGGAUUGGACAGUGCGGCUGCGCAGCAGGAGGCGUUUGCUUCUGGAAUCGACACCUUUCUCACCAAGCCGAUCAAGCGACAGGAUAUACGCGCUCUGCUGGAGCGGUGUAAGCCAUGA